AUUACAAAGAAUCACAAAAUAAUCUUCUCUGCCCAAAUACAGCAUUUCUUGGAUAUGAACCCUGCGAGGCACAGCUUCUUGGCUGCUAGCCAGCCAUUCCUCCCAAGAGCGGGGUUCGGGAGGCAGGGGCAAAAAACUUAAUGGCGUUAAAAGCCUUCCAAACCUUUAGCUGUUAUAAAUAUAGUGAAAUUGAAACUCUCAAGGAGCUUUAUUCCAUCUGUUUUAUUUACAUAAUGUAGAUAUUUCUGAAUAUUGUUUUCAGGUAUUGUUGCCAAUGUCAUAUCACCAUUUUCCAGAGGACUUCAUUUCUGUCAAGUGAGGAGGACAUCGUACACCAUGGAUGGAUUCUGCCUUCUCCAUCUGCUGCUGAUCCUCUUAAUGAGAUCUGGUGACGUUGAAACCAAUCCAGGUCCUAACACUGCAGUAAGUACUGUCAGUGACAUGGAAUUCCUGAGGCUGGCCAAGGAUAUCCUUCCAUCUUACUAUGAGGCUGUAGGGAUAUCUCUAGGUUUCUCCUAUUCUGAGCUACAGAGCAUCCUGAUACUGAAGUGGAAUAACUAUCCAAAUGCCUUUUUGCACAUAUUCAUGAGAUGGAAUGUCAUGCAGCAACCUCCACACUCAAACAAACGGCAGCUUUUGGCAGACAAACUUCGAGAGAUUGACUUGGGUGGCCUAUCAGACAGAUUACUCAAUGAGCCUCUAAUUCCAAACAUCGCAGGAGGGCCAUCGAGACUGACAGAAUCACAGACCAAACCUCCUUCAGCUGAAUCUCAGACCAAACCACUUUCUACUGAACUGGUUGAGCAGUGUGCAAAUGAUUUCAAGUUCAAGUACAGGUCAACUGUUUGUAAGAUCAGAGCUGAUCCUCUCAAUCCAGCUUCCAUUGUGCAGUUUAAAGACAUGUAUACUAAUCUCUUCUUACAAGAAGAGCAUGGGACAGAGAAGCGAAUGCUAGAUUACAAUGAUAUCCUUGAUCUCAAAGUCAAUGGAGAGUUCCCCAAGCGGAUCAUGGUUCAGGGGGAGGCAGGAGUUGGAAAAACUACAUUUUGUGCUAAGAUUGCCUGGGACUGGAUUGAAGGGAGGUAUUUCAGUCACUUUGUGUGGGUCUUGAUUGUUCCUCUACGUGAAUUUAAGAAGCACACUAUUGGCGAGAUUGCAAAGUCUUAUCUGGCCAAAAACAAUCCAGCAACGGUUUCUCAGAUGACUGAUUAUAUCCAGUCAAAUCCUGACAAGGUAUUCAUCGCAUUUGAUGGGCUAGACGAAGUCAGUGGCCUAAUCAUGAAGACAAAAUCUUGCGAAUCAGAGCCAAGUGUCACCUCCUCUGGGGCAUGCGGAAGCUCAUCUGAGACUGUUGAUAUUGGACUUGUAGAUAUUCUUUGUUCAGAUCAACUUGCCUCUUGCCCAGUCUUGGUGACCACUCGCCCAUGGAGAGCAGUAGAGAUUAGAUCAGAUGGUGAUCUAAUGAAGCUCUACACAUUCAUUCAUGUUGAGGGUUUCAACAGAGAGAAUUUGUCAGUUUACAUUCACAAAUACUUUCCAAAGAAUGAUGAUAAAGCAAAUCAGCUUAUCCAAUUCUUCAGUGAUAAUGAUGUCAUAUCUGAAAACAUGGCCCACUAUCCUAUAUAUGUAGCGAUGUUGUGUCUUAUGUGGAAAGAACGUGACGAACAAAAACUAAAGGAAAUGAAAUCACUGAAAACUUUUUCUCAGAUAUUCAAAGCAAUGAUUGCCUUUCUAAAAGAACAUUAUGCUCAGAAAGAGGUGAAGAAAGUAGGCAGCCGCUCACUUAUUGCCUAUUUGAAAAAAAUUGAUGAGCUCCUUGGACCGAUUGCCAAACAAGCCUUAAAUGGUCUGCUAGAAAAUACCUUGACUUUCGGUGAAGAUGAUUUCCAAACGUGCCAAGAAAUAGAAUCCAAGGACACUGCCUGCCGGGUCGGGAUUUUGUCUCAGGAGGACAGAAUUAAUGCUGACAUGGAUACACAUGAGAGGAAUUCUCAUGUGCAAUUGCGAGUCUUCUUCCCUCACAAACUGUUUCAGGAGUACAUGGCUGGAGUCCAUCUUGCUUCCCUGUAUGAAUCAGAUUGUAAUGAAUUCAACAGGCUGAUUGAGCAAGUAGUGCUGCCAAGGAAGGAGGAGUUUAGGUAUCUCCUGUACUUGACUGUGUCACACAACAAAAGUAUUGCAACCCAUGUAAUGGACUCUAUGCUUCAGGGACUUAGAAUGAAUUUUGGGUACAUAGAUGAAAAGUUACCUUUCAUGCCUCAGGGACCACAUAUGAACAGAUGGGCUGCACAGAUACAGUUGGGUUUCAUUGUUGAUGUAGCCUUUGAGAGUCAGGACGCAGAUGUAGCAACCUUGGUGAAGGACAGGGUUCUAUCAGAGGAGAUUAGGCCGAGUAUACACGUACAUGAAGACAUGACAGCACACACUGUAGCAGGUUAUGCAUUCAUUGGACCACAUGUGGUUAAACUCGAGAUUGAGAGAGAUUGUGGACCUACUACGUCACUUGAUCUGGCAGAGAUGAUAUGCUUUUUGCCAUCCUUGAAGAUUGUUUAUCUUAAAGGUGCAUUCCAUCAUUGUUUUUUUGCAACACUUGCAAGGAAAGGAAAAGAAUCAACGGUGAGUAGUUCAUCUACAAUUGUGAUGUACAUGGAUGUGUGA